AUGUACAAAGUUUCUGCAUCUGCUACAUCAGCUAUUCGUCGGUUUUCCACCAAUUCCCGUGUUCUUGUCAAUUACGGUUUUGUUGGUUUAGGACAAAUGGGUCAACAUAUGGCAAGACACAUUUACAAUCAAUUGGAGGUUGAUGAUAAAUUAUACGUUUAUGAUACUGUACCUGCCUCAGUUGACAAUUUUGUUUCAACAGUGACUCAACAAAAUUCUGUCAACCAAGAUAAAUUGGUUACUUUGCCUGAUUUGAAAAGUUUUGUUACGGGUGUUGAUGGGCAAUUGGAUUUCAUUGUUACUAUGGUUCCUGAGGGUAAACAUGUCAAGGGUGUAGUUGAAGAUAUUGUUACCAGUUUUGAACAAAAUGGUUAUAGUCCCGAUUACAAAACCACCAUUAUUGAUUCAUCAACAAUUGAUAUUCCAACAAGUAGACUAGUUCACAAAUAUGUUAAGGAAACUUUGCCCGAGUUUGAUUUCAUUGAUGCUCCAGUAAGUGGGGGUGUUGCUGGGGCCAGGAAGGGAACCUUGUCAUUCAUGUUGAGUAGAGAAACUCAUCAAGAUGUAUCACCAGCAUUGACUACCUUGUUGAACAAGAUGGGUAAGAACAUUUUCCCAUGUGGCUCAACUCAUGGUGCAGGAUUAGCUGCUAAAUUAUCCAACAACUAUUUACUUGCAGUAACAAAUAUUGCUGUUGCUGAUUCAUUCCAGUUGGCCAAGGCAUUCGGACUCAAUUUACAAAACUAUGCAAAAUUAGUUGCUGUUUCUACCGGUAAAUCAUGGGCUUCAGUAGAUAAUUGCCCAAUUCCCGGUGUAUACCCGGAAAACAACUUGCCAGCAGAUGUAGGAUACCAAGGUGGGUUCAUCACUAAAUUGACCAGAAAAGAUGUUGUUUUAGCAACUGAUUGUGCUAAGGAUCAAGGAAGAUUUUUGUUUUUGGGAGAUGCUGGUAGAUAUUGGUAUGAUAAGGCUUGUGAACGCGAAGAUAUUGCUAAUCGUGAUUUGGCUGUUUUGUAUGAAUGGUUGGGUGAUUUGAAACAAGAAGCGGAUGGAACUGUUGUUGAUACUAAAGUUUCCAAGUAG